CAGAAAAUAACUGCAUCACUGGACAGAUAGUCUGUCUGCCAGGCUGUACCAAGAAAGCAAGUUACAUAUGUUUUUUGUGGUCUUUCUCUUCAGAAAUGUGGAAGGAAUUUACAGUCAUCUGCUUCUUCAUCCAGCUAGCAACUGUGCUUUCUCAAGAACCGCACUAUUUAGUGGUGAUUCCAGCUGAAAUUCACAGCGGAACCUCCGAGAACAUCUGUGCCCUGCUGACUGACUUGAAUGAGACCACCACCCUUACUAUCACACUGCAACACAAAGAAAAUAUUACCCUCAUCAAGAAAGUUGUAUCAGAACCAGACUGGCAACAAUGUAUCAGCUUUCAGGUCCCACUUGUCAUACAAAGGAGCGGGGAGAUUGCAACUGUGAAGAUGAAGGUUGAAGGAGAAGCCUUUGAGUUCACAAAGGAGAAGAAGGUCCUUAUUAGGGCUCUGGAGAGUGCCACUUUUGUACAGACUGACAAACCCAUCUACAAACCUGGGCAGAAAGUGAAGUUCCGUGUUGUGAGUUUGGAUCAGAACUUCAUUCCACAACAGCUGAAGUAUCCUUUGAUUGAAGUUUUGGAUCCCCAGAGGAAUAGGAUAAUGCAGUGGCAGAAUGUGGAGCCCCAGCAAGGCAUUGUGGAUCUUGCCUUUGAACUGACAGCUGAGCCAAUGAUGGGACUUUACAGUAUCGGUGUGAAGAGACCAGAACAGUCAGAUAUUUCAUCAACAUUUAGUGUAGAAGAAUAUGUUUUGCCAAAAUUUGAGACCACAGUGAAGCUGCCCAAUUUGAUUACCAUUUUAGAAAAGGAGUUCAGAGUUGCAGCAUGUGGCAGAUACACAUAUGGCAAACCUGUAGACGGAGUAGCAGAUGUCUCUAUUUGUCGGAAGAAAGGUUUCUACUGGUACUAUUCUAGUUUAUCUGUUGAGGAUAUUUGCGUGAAAUACUCAGGAAAGACAGAUAAAGAUGGCUGCUUCUCCCUGAUGGUGAACACAGAUGAAUUUAACAUGACAAGUAGGAGACAUCGGAUGUCUUUUGAUGUUGCAGCUUCAAUUUCGGAAGAUGGGACAGGUAUUGUACUUAACGGAACUGGAAGUUUACAGAUUUCUCAGGAAAUUGCCACUGUGAGCUUUGAAGAAGUUGAAGAUCAGUACAGGGCUGGAAUUCACUAUACUGGAAAGAUCAUUGCUUCUCAUGUUGAUGGUUCUCCAAUGCCAAAUACAGUUGUAUACCUGACUUCAGAAUAUUCUACUGUAGUUAAUGAGACACUCACCACAGAUGAAAAUGGCAAAAUAUCUUUCUCUCUGGAUACAUCUUCAUGGUCUGGUAGUAUUUCUCUGAAGGCAAGUUUGAAGAAAGAGAGAACCCCAUGGAGUUAUGAAAUAGUGACUCCUUCUUACAGAGAUGCAUACAAGCAUGUUCAGCCCAUGGUCUCUUUAAGUAAGAGCUACUUGUACAUACAACCUACACGAGGAAAGCUAAAUUGUAAUACUGAUGUAAAGGUCAACGUGAAUUUCAAGCUUUUGCAAGAAGAGCUCAGCAGUGACACCAAGAAAAUAAUUUUCUAUCACAUGGUCAUGGCAAGAGGAGAAAAUGUCCUUAAUGGUCAAACCGAAAUUCAGCUGACUGAACCUGGACCCUCGAUAUCAGGCAUCUUUCAGAUUUCACUACAUGUUAAUGCAGAUGUGGCUCCACUUACUCGUGUCCUUGUCUAUACUGUACUUCCAGCAGGAUAUGUCCUAGCUCAUUCAACAGACCUUGAAGUUUCCAAGUGCUUCAAGAAUAAGGUGAAAAUGCAUUUCUCAGAACCAGAAGCUCUCCCAGGAUCAGAUUCCAGACUUUACCUAGAGGCCUCUCCUGGUUCUCUCUGUGCUAUCCGGGCUGUUGAUCAGAGUGUCCUGCUUAUGAAACCUGAAGAGCAGUUGUCAGCUGACAAGGUCUAUAAUCUUCUCCAAGUCACUGACACAGGAGGAUAUCCGUAUCAGGUGGAGGAGUAUGAGGGCAGUUGUAGCUUUUAUCGUGGCAUCUCACGGCGUAGUAUAAUGCCACCAUGGCUAGAUAAUCAGAAUGAUAUCUUCUCAGUGUUUAGGGGAGCUGGAUUGAAGGUUUUGACAGAUAUAAAGAUUAAGAAACCAGCUGAAUGUUUGGUGUAUGCAUUGUCUCGUUAUGGACUAAGUGGUUCUCGAAUGGAUUCUUUACCUGACCGUCGUGGACCUGGUGGACCUAUGCUUGGAGCUGCUCCAGAUGGAGCAGUAAUGAAAGACAUGGUGAGUAGUGCUCCACCCCAUAAUGAAGAGAAGGCUCGUGAAUAUUUUCCUGAAACAUUGUUGUGGGAUGUAAUUAGUGUUAGUUCAUCAGGAGCAGCUGAGUAUCCUUUUACUGUACCCGACACUAUCACUGAGUGGAAAGCUGGAAUGUUUUGUAUAGCUGAUGUGGGUUUUGGAUUGUCACACACAAUUUCUUUGAAGACUUUCAAACCAUUCUUCCUGGAACCUACUCUACCAUACUCUGUAAUUCGUGGAGAGGCAUUUUCUCUGAAGGUCACCGUUUUCAAUUAUCUCCCACAGCCUAUUAUGAUCCAGAUUGAUUUGCUUGAAUCCAGUGAUUUCCUUGCAGCACCAUGUGAUAAAUGUGAAUAUGCCAGCUGCAUAGCUGCAGAUCAAGGAAAAACGUUUGUCUGGAAUGUUACUCCUAAAUCCCUGGGUGAAGUAAAUUUCACAGUACGUGCAGAAGCUAUAAAGUCUGAUCAGUUAUGUGGAAAUGAAGAGCCAGUAGUCCCAGAGAAAGGCAGAACUGACACAGUGAUCAAACCGCUUCUGGUAGAGCCUGAAGGUACACAAGUGGAAAUGGCGAAGAGUUCCCUAGUUUGCACAGAUGAGAAACCUGUUCGGGAAAGUAUUUUACUGCAGCUUCCUCCUGGUGUAGUGGAAGGUUCUGCCAGGGCUCACAUAUCUGUAAUAGGUGACAUCAUGGGAACAGCAAUGCAGAACCUUGACAAGUUACUUGCCAUGCCAUAUGGGUGUGGAGAACAGAACAUGGUGAAUUUUGUGCCUAACAUCUUCAUUAUGGACUAUUUAAAAAACACCAAUCAAGUGACAGAUGAGAUCAAGGAGAAGGCCAUCCAUUUCCUACAAAGUGGGUACCAGAGAGAGCUGACAUACAAGCAUUCUGACGGUUCCUACAGUGCUUUUGGAGAAAGAGAUCCAGGGGGCAACACUUGGUUAACAGCAUUUGUUCUGAAGUCAUUUUACAAAGCUAAGAGCUAUAUAUUUAUUGAUGAUCAGCACAUAACUGAUGGCCUUAAAUGGCUUUCUGAACACCAGAAUCCUGAUGGGUGCUUUCAGAAUGUUGGAAAACUGUUCAGCAGCUCAAUGAAGGGUGGAGUUGAUGACGAUGUUUCACUGUCUGCUUACAUUACUGCUGCAUUAUUAGAACUUGAACUGCCUCAAAAUGAUGAAAUGCUCAAAAAAGGUCUACAGUGCUUGGAAGACCAAAUAGAAAAUAUCACCAAUCCAUAUACCCUAGCGUUAUUGGCAUAUACCUUUACUCUGGCAAGACAUGAAAGCAUUCGGGACGAGCUUUUGAAGAAGCUAGAUGAACUGGCUAUAAGGAAAGAUGACACAGUUCACUGGGAACGUCCUAAAAAGCCUGAAGAAAAGGAAUGCCAGUACUGCUGGUACCGUGCUGCUUCAGCAGAAGUAGAGAUGUCAUGCUAUGUUCUUCUUGCUAUACUGUAUAAAGCCAAUGUGUCUGGAGAGGAUAUUGGUAAUGCAGUUCCCAUUGUGAAAUGGAUUAUCUCCCAGCAGGGUCCUUAUGGUGGCUUUUCAUCCACACAGGAUACUGUGGUAGCCCUUCAUGCCCUUUCUAAGUAUGCUGGAUUAACAUACAGUGAAAAAGGUGACAUGUCAGUAUCACUCAGCACUAAUGAAAAGGUUGUGAAAGAGUUCCACAUUACAAACGAUAAUCGUUUACUGCUUCAACAGACUACGCUUAAGGACAUUCCUGGCACGUACAGUGCAGAAGUGACAGGAAAAGGCUGUUUAUUUUUUCAGACUGUUAUAAAGUACAACAUCCCUCCACCAAAGGAAACAGCUGCGUUUUCCAUUGAAGCCCAUACCAUUCCAACAGAAUGUACAGAAGAGUCAAGAAUUACAUUUGACUUGGAGAUCACAGUCAGUUAUAUUGGGAAGAAUAGUAUCUCGAACAUGGCGAUCAUUGAAGUAAAAAUGCUAUCUGGAUUCAUCCCAGUCAAGAAAUCUAUUAAAAAUCUAAGCCAUCCAUUGCUGAAGAAGACUGAAGUCAAAACAAAUGUUGUCACCAUUUACCUGGAAGAAGUGACAAAAGAUCCUAUAAGACUAAGAUUCUCAGUGGAACAAGACAUUCUCGUUCAGCACUUAAAACCAGCUGUAAUCCAAAUUUAUGAUUAUUAUGAGCAAGCUGAAGAGGCACUUACAGAAUACAAUGCUCCAUGCAGUGCAGCAGAGUUAAAAGAAGACAAUACCCGUUGACCGGAAAAACUGAAUGUUACCUACCAUUAUGCAUUUCUUGAAGAUUCCUCAAGUCAGCUUUAUUAAGAGCGCAAUUAUAAUAUGCUGUUCACCAAUAUAAAACGAAUGGAACAGAACUGCUGGAACGGAUUGCUCUAACAUGCAAUUAUAAGUCCACUAACCAUGUGUUCCUUCUGUCACACUGAAGGCAUGCAAGGCACAGUAUUAUUUUGUUUAAUAUUGAAGUAACUGACAAAAAUUAUUGUUUUGUAGUUUGUUUCAUUCUAUUAAUAAACAUUUUCUUUUUAA